CAACCUGCGCUUUAAACGCGGCGGAGGCGCCGGCACCGCGCUCAGCCCCGGCGGCGGCGGCGGAGGGACCGCGCUGGUUUCACCAUUUGUGGACGGGCAGAGUUUGGGAGCGGGAUGGAGCCGCAGGAAUCGUGAGGAGCUGCAGGGCCAGGGACAAUUUCCACUCUCCCUGCUCCAGCCUGGCCUUGGACACUCCCAGGGAUGGGACAGCCACGGAUCCACUGGGAAACCUCAACAUCCUCACCCUGAAUUCUCUGCUGUUUGUGGAGCUGUGGAGGAGGAACCACUGGGAACCAGAGCCUGCAGCCUCCUUCAGCAUCACCUCUGGCUCCCUCUGCACCAGCAGCAGGACUUGGAUUCUCCCAGGAAUAAAUCAGUUUUGCUCUGCCAUACCACAGGCUGUGAGCAGGAGGGGGAGCCUGCCCUGGGAUCCCUGCCUGGACUCCCCACACCUCACACCAACAGGAACAGGAAAACACCGCGGUUCCUUCGCCGUUGAUGAAAUGGGAAGCAGCAUCUCCCCAGCAGCCGGGGAAGGGAAGCUCCAGUCCUCGCCUGGGGGGCAUCCCUGGCAGCUCUGCAGCUGGCAGGACACAGCCCUGUGCCACUGAGGGCUGGGGACAGCGUGGCUGGGGGGGCUGGGGCCAGCAUGUCCUUGCAGAGCCGCCGGACCCAGCUGCUGCUGGUCAACUCGCUGACCUUCGGGCUGGAGGUGUGCCUGGCCGCUGGCAUCACCUACGUGCCACCCCUGCUGCUGGAGGUGGGCGUGGAGGAGAAGUUCAUGACCAUGGUUUUGGGGAUAGGCCCUGUCCUUGGGCUGGUUUUUGUGCCUCUCAUCGGCUCAGCCAGCGACCACUGGCACAGCAGCUACGGCAGGAGGAGACCUUUCAUCUGGGUGCUGUGCCUGGGGGUGCUGCUCAGCCUUUUUGUCAUCCCCCACGCCAGCAGCCUGGCCAGCCUGUGUGCCCUGAACCCCCGGCCUCUGGAGAUCGCCUUCCUCAUCCUGGGCAUCGGGCUGCUGGAUUUCUGUGGCCAGGUGUGCUUCACCCCGCUCGAGGCUCUGCUCUCCGAUUUGUUCCAAGAGCCGGAUAAUUGCCGCCAGGCUUUCUCCAUGUACGCCUUCAUGAUCAGCCUGGGGGGCUGCAUCGGUUACCUGCUGCCAGCCAUCGACUGGGCAUUCCUGGCCCCCUACCUGGGAGGGCAGGAGAGCUGCCUCUUCACCCUGCUGGCCCUCAUCUUCCUCGGCUGUGUGCUGGCCACGCUGUUUGUCACCGAAGAAGCCGCCCAAGGGGAUAUCCUGGAUGGACCAGCGCUCAAGGACGCGUCCCCAAAGCCAUCCCUGUCCUGCCCAAAGCCAUCCCUGUCCUGCUGGCAGCUGGCACGGGGGUCCUGCGUGCUGCAGGGCAGGCAGGUGCUGCAGGCUGCCAGGAGCCUGUGCUCGCUGCUGCCGCGCCUGCACGGCCUCUACUGCCGCAUCCCCAGGGUCAUCCGGCGCCUCUUCGUGGCCGAGCUCUGCAGCUGGAUGGCUCUCAUGACCUUCAUGCUCUUCUACACGGAUUUUGUUGGGGAAGGGCUGUACCACGGCGUGCCCAGGGCCAAGCCGGGCACGGAGGCCAGGCGGCACUACGAUGAGGGUGUCCGGAUGGGCAGCCUGGGGCUGUUCCUGCAGUGCAUCACCUCCAUCUUCUUCUCGACAAUCAUGGACCGCCUGGUGAAGCACUUUGGGACACGGGCAGUGUACCUGGCCAGCGUGGUGUUCUUCCCUGGGGCAGCCUUUGUCAUGUGCCUGUCCCACAGUGUCACCGUGGUCACCAUCUCCGCUGCCCUGACUGGAUUCACCUUCUCUGCCCUCCAGAUCCUGCCCUACACGCUGGCAUCCCUCUACCACCACGACAAACAGGUAUUUCUGCACAGGUACAAGAGGAAAGAGGAGGAAGGCGACAAGAAACCCGCCUUCUCCAAGGGGCUGCUCUCCAGCCAGAAGCUGCCUUAUCACAAUGGCCACACUGGGACCCUCUUCUCUUCCUCCUCCUCCUCCUCCUCAUCCCCUCAGGCCGUGUCCAGCUCCGCUCUGUGCGUCAGCUCCUCCUGCGACGUCUCCCUGCGCAUCAUGGUGGGCGAGCCCGAGCCGGGCGCUCCCGGCCGAGGGAUCUGCCUGGACCUGGCCGUGCUGGACAGCGCGUUCCUGCUGUCCCAGGUGGUGCCCUCGCUGCUCAUGGGCUCCAUCGUGCAGCUCACCCAGUCCGUCACGGCCUACAUGGCCUCCGCCGCCGCGCUCGGCCUGGUCGCCAUCUACUUCGCCACCAAAGUUGUGUUUGACAAGGGGGACAUGGCCAAGUAUUCUGUGUGACACCACAGGGGUGUCUGGUGGCCGUCCCCAAGGUGGGGACAGCACAGGGUUAAUCUCAGGUGUAAAUUGAGAGGCUUUGCGGCCUCCUCAGGGCCUGAAGGGCUUUCCAAAGGUGCCUUGGGCAGAGGGGAGCAGGGCACAGCAGCACCAAAGGGCUCCUGCAGAGGGGAGAAGGGAUUUGGGGUGUCCCUCUGCUCGGGGUUGUGUUCCUGAGCUGGAGCAGGGAUCAAUCACUGCUUCUGUUCUCCGUCCUCUCCCCCUGCUUGUUGGAGUUUCUUGAGCAAUAUUUCAGCAAAUUGGGGCAUGGGAGGAGAUUUCCUAGGGAAAACUA